AUGGGGGAUGAAAAAGAGAUAGGGUCACCGGGAAGCUCCAUGCACGGAGUGACCGGCAAAGAACAAACCUUCGCUUUCUCCGUUGCCGCCGACCAAACAAUCCCGACGGAUCCAGCAGCGAAGUUCUCUUUGCCGGUUGACUCGGAGCACAAGGCGAAGGUGUUCAAGAUCCAUUCCAUGGCGAAUCCUCACAUGAGAACCUUCCACCUCUCAUGGAUCUCCUUCUUCACUUGCUUCGUCUCUACGUUUGCGGCGGCCCCGCUGGUCCCCGUGAUCCGCGACAACCUCAACCUGACGAAGGCGGACAUCGGGAACGCGGGGAUCGCCUCAGUGUCAGGCAGCAUAUUCUCGAGGCUAGUGAUGGGGGCGGCCUGCGAUCUGCUGGGGCCCAGGUACGCCUGCGCCUUCCUGAUCAUGCUCACUGCCCCCACCGUGUUCUGCAUGUCGUUCGUCUCCUCCGCCGGCGGCUACAUGGCGGUGAGGUUCAUGAUCGGGUUCUCUCUGGCGACGUUCGUGUCGUGCCAGUACUGGAUGAGCACCAUGUUCAAUGGCAACAUUAUAGGGCUGGUGAACGGCACCGCUGCUGGCUGGGGGAAUAUGGGCGGCGGGGCGACGCAGCUGCUCAUGCCGCUGCUCUUUGAGCUGAUCCGGAGAGGCGGAGCGACGCCGUUUACUGCAUGGAGGAUCGCUUUUUUUGUGCCCGGGUUGAUGCAUGUGGUCAUGGGCCUCUUGGUUUUGGGGCUCGGCCAGGAUCUUCCUGAUGGAAAUCUUGGCACCCUGCAGAAGAAGGGAGAUGUUCAUUCAGAUCAAUUUUCCAAGGUUCUGUGGCACGCAGUUAGUAAUUACAGAACAUGGAUAUUUGUUCUUCUCUAUGGCAUGUCGCUAGGCGUAGAACUAACUACCGACAACGUCAUCUCGCAAUAUUUCUACGACAGAUUUGAUCUGAAUCUCCACACGGCUGGCACAAUAGCAGCCACAUUCGGGAUGGCCAACAUAGUAUCCCGGCCGCUGGGCGGCCUAAUGUCGGACAUUGCGGCGCGGCGGUUCGGGAUGCGCGGGCGCCUCUGGAACCUGUGGAUCCUCCAAACCCUGGGCGGCGUGUUCUGCAUCUGUCUGGGGAAGGCCAGCACGCUGCCACUCUCCAUCACGUCCAUGAUCCUCUUCUCAAUCGGGGCGCAGGCGGCGUGCGGCGCCACCUUCGGCAUCAUCCCCUUCAUUUCCCGGAGGUCCCUGGGCGUGAUCUCGGGCCUCACCGGUGCGGGGGGGAACUUCGGAUCGGGGCUGACGCAGCUGCUAUUCUUCACGAGCUCAAGCUACUCGACGGCGGUGGGGCUGAAGCUGAUGGGGAUCAUGAUAGUGGCGUGCACGCUGCCGGUGGCGCUGGUGCACUUCCCGCAGUGGGGGAGCAUGUUUUUGGCGGGAAACGACAAGUGGAGCGAGGAGCAUUACUAUGGCAAGGAGUGGAAUAAGGAUGAGAAGGAAAGGGGGCUGCAUCAAGGCUCCCUCAAGUUCGCCGAGAAUAGCCGCUCCGAGAGGGGCCGCCGCGUUGUUUCCGCCUCCACGCCGGAGUGUGCCUAA